AUGGCGACGCCGAUGGUGCCAAGCAUCGUGGGCGUACGUAUACCCUCGUGGCCACGUUGUGCUGUGCGUGACGACUCGUUCAACAACCCCACCGCCGUCGUCGCGCGCAUGCAGGAGCUUGGGAUCUACCUCAUAGGUGGACCGGACCAAGAACCGGCCGAACUCUCAACCGGGGACGAGCCCAACGGAUGGGAGGACCCGCUAAACGCGACCCAGCUCGCGUACGAUACGAUCUACGGCCUCGACUGGGGCUACCACCCCGUCAGCCUCGUGCUCAACUGCCAGGACUACUACUUCACGGUGUACUCUGCCGGCGCGGAUAUUUGGGGCACGGUCUGCACUCCAGACUACGGCGACUGCGGGUGCGACAACUGCAAGGGCUUUUCGAAGACAUAUCCGACCGGAUUAGACUCUUUCCACCCCCGCCAGCAGAUCCUCGGCCCCGAACUCCCUCAAUCCGUCUGGACUGUACCUCAAGCCUUCGGAAACGACACAUACUGGAAACGGUAUCCGACCGGAGCGGAGUACACCGUGUUCGCCGCGCUCACUAUCAACCAUGCCGCGACGGCUGUCGUCGCGUGGGAUCAGCCCGCGCCAGACGACCUGUUCGCCGCCGCGUCUGCACUUGCCGCCGCGCCCGAGCCUGCCAAGGCGUUCAUCCUCAGCCCCGAGGCAGUGUACACGCAGAGCGCCACGGAUCGCGUCGACGUCGCGACGUGA